CUCCCUUCUCCCGGACAUCUUUAUAUCCUCACGCAGCGCACGGCAAUGGCGACCUUGCUGCCACCACCACGACCACCACCACCACCAUUGCCAAGGAGAACGAAGCAUGGACUGCUGCAUCUGCGGCCCCAUGGCCGCCAUCUACAGGCCUCCGAGGAACACCAUAUGCUCCCCGUGCUACGAAGGCUCCAAGGCCAUCAUCGCCUUCCUCAACGACGGCGAUCACGCCGCCGGUGACGGCCAGGACGAGCGUGGCUUGGUGACCCCCCGCGGAUUGAUCAAGCACAGAGACAGCUCCACCAAGGGGAUGAGAGAAGCAUGGGAGCAGAUGAAGGAGAUGAGAGACAGGGAGGAGGCGGCGAACCAGCGGGCUGGGUUCCUCGAGCAGGGCUUCGGGGCGGCCUGGGUGGAGGGAGCCCACACCGACAUAGUCGUCAAACCAGGAAAUGGGCCGCCGAUCCCGGCCCACAAGGCCAUCCUGGCGGCGAGGUCGGAGGUGUUCCAGCACAUGCUGUGCUCCGACGAGUGCAAGGCGGCCCCCGCCGGCGGCUGCGUCUCCCUCCCGGAGCUAGCCCACGACGAGCUCUCCCUCUUCCUGGCCUUCUUAUACACCGGGACCCUCGACGCGGCUGCGGCGGCGACGGCGACAUCGGCGUCGGAGCGACGGCUGCACGCGCUCCUGGUUGCGGCAGACAAGUACGACGUGCCGUUCCUGGGGCGGGCGUGUGAGGCGCGGCUGGUUGCGGCGAUGGAUCCUGGGAAUGCGUUGCGGACGCUGGAGGUGGCCGAUCGUGUCAGCUCGGGCGGCGCGCUGAAGGAGCGCGCCAUGGGCACGGUGGUGGAGCACGCGGAGCAGGUGGUGUUCUCCGACGAGUACCACGACUUCGCCGUCAGGAACGCCGGCUUGUGCGUCGAGAUCACCAGGGCGCUGCUCGCCAAGGCCGCCGGCGCCAAGAAGGCGUGAAGUGCACAUGUAUAUAGCUAGAUCCUAGAUGCAGCUGUUUUUUUUCCGGGCACAGAAAAGUCGUUGCAUGUACACCCGGUGCGAUCAAAUGCAAGAGUAAUUCAGGCUCCGUCAGUUCAGGGCUGGGCAACUUGGGUCAUAGGACAUCAGCUAUCUUACUUUAGAUGGACCCAUACCUUGUGUUCGACCCUGCAGUCUCACCCCACUAUGAGGUGUUUUCGAUCCCAUAUGUACCCGUGGAUCCUGCACAAGAUUCCAUGGAAUGGCCACCAUCCUCGUGGCUGUUAGAUGUAUUCUCAUCUAGUACAAGGCAAUGGCACGAUAAGU